UGUAGGCGCCAUCUUUGUAAAGCUGCAGCGAGUUUGAUCUUUCGUGUACUGACAUCGAGGACAGCCCAGAAUAUGGAUUAUUGUAUGCAGGAAGUAAUGGUCUUUUAAUUUAGUUGAGGGUGUCAUAUGUUUAACCAUGCCAGUACAGACAGAACGAAGUGUCAAUCAUUUUGGAAUAGAAGUAUCCAACAGCAUCACAUGGCAAGGAUGGGAGCCUGGGGGAGAGUACACUCAGCAAAUUGUGCUUAAAAAUGUGCAGAUUAAAACUAAAAAGCUCCAGUACAAGUCUCCGUCAAGUAGAUUUUUUACAACACUUUACCCUAAGCCAAUUGUGCUAAGCUCUGGAACCAGCUUCACUCUGCCAGUCACAUUCAGACCUCUUGAAAAGGGACAUUAUGAAGACUGCAUAGAGUUUGAAACAAAUGAGGGAAUUUUUUCAGUUCCUAUGAAAGCAGUCUUACCAAAAGCUGAUAUAGCAGUACCAGAAUCACUUAAGUUCAACCUGUGUGCUGUAACGGACUGUGUAGAAGUUGUGUUUCAAAUCACAAAUACCAGUGAACUGAUAACAAAUUUUCAGUGGAAGGUGUUGGAGCCAUUUUCGAUUGUUCCUGAAAGUGGCACACUGUCACCACGAACAUCAUGUAAUAUCAAAGCCACAUUUAGCCCCAAGGCAGCAUUGGUUUAUGAAGGCACUGCAGUGUGUACUUAUAGUGCUGGACAGAAAGCUCCUUUUACAAAGCAUGUCAAAUUGGAAGGAAUAGGUAAAUUUCCCCAUCUUGUAGCCAGCAUAUCCAGGCAAGCUAAGAACACAUCCUCUACUGAGUUCACAACCAAGGAUGAACUAGAUUUAAAUUUUGGUGAAGUACCCGUUCAAACAACAGCUACCAAGUGGAUUGAACUUCAUAACUUCUCUCCAGUUAAUGCACCAUAUCAAGUGUUACAACCCUCUUCUUCCUCCAAUAUGGACAUGGUGUUCUCAUGUUCACAUUAUCAUGGUGUUGCUCCAGCAGAAAGUACUAUCAAACUUAAGGUAUUAUUUUUCAUGAUUGAUUGUAGUCAAAGUGUCUUCAAGCUGGAAUCAACUUGUGGUCUGUUACCUGGCAAGGGUUCCCAGGCCAUAAUUGUACGCUUUUCUCCAACAAAUCCAAUUAAUUACUACAGGAGACUAACUUGUCUUGUGCAAAACCAGGAUCCAUUGUUUGUUGAUUUGUUUGGGACUUGUCAUACAGAACAAGUGAAACCAGCUGUUUUGCAAAAGAAACAUCUGGACAGGUAUCACACUCAUGUUAGACGUGGAUUCUCAAAAAUCUCACCUGAGCAACUUAAUGAAGAUCUGAGAACGAACAAACUUCAACUUGAUGACGAAGGAGCUUUAAUAGCACUGGAGAGUACUUCUUCUGGAGAAUUGCUGCCAUCAGCUCAUGAACUGUCACCAAUGGAAGAGUUCUUUGUCAUGCCUCAGUUGGAGAAACUACCACCAUUGUCCCUCGUGUCGGUUUGGAUGUUCUCCAGGCAGACUUUGGGCAGAUGCUGGAUCCUAAGGCUGUGGAGCAGAAGUAUGUUUGUUAAGACCACCAUUGUCCCUCAUGUCAGUUUGGAUGUUCACCAGGCAGACUUUGGGCAGCUGCUAGAUCCUAAGGCUGUGGAGCAGAAGACAGUAAACAUCACAAAUCAUACGAAGGGAAAAAUCACUUGCAUGUGGAUAAAAGACACAAAGGGGAUAUUUUCUGUUUCCCCUGAUGAAGCAGACAUCCUCCCUCUAAAGACUGCAUCAUUCCGAGUGACAUUUAGACCAAAUGCUGCUAAUCAGCUUUUUAGUGCUGACCUGGAGUGUUAUACAUUUUAUAAGAGUAUGAGAGAUUAUCGACUGGUUGAAGUGUCCUCCUGGUGUCUUUCGCUCAGUGCUACAGGACUCACAUUUGCAAUGCGGACUGAAUCAUUUAUCCCCAGAAGUCAAUGGGAUGUACAACAGCUGGUCUUUCCAGCCACUACUGUGGAUGGCAUGUCCUACAGAACACUGCUGUUGACCAACAAUGGGCAGAAUCCGAUCCAUUUUGCAUUUGAUGACAAUCCAUCAAGGGAGUUUACAUGUAGACCUAGAACUGGAUUGCUUACUGAUAAAUAUCAGUUGAUUGUUUUCAAAAUGGCACCAAUGGAAGCUAAGGCAUUUAGGUGCACAGUGAAGUGUAAGCUGAAUGAUGCACAAAAGUUUACUCAGGAAAUAAGCCUUGUUGGAUCAGCAGAGACUCCAUCUCUAAAACUCAAUAAUCAGGGAACUGUUUAUUUCAAACCGACCUGUUUAGGUACAGCAUCAACAAGGCUGUUUGAAGUCAAGAACACUUCCAGGAUUCCACUGAGGUGUGUUCAAUGUUCUCAACCUUCCGAAGUGAUUAAGACAAAACUCACUGUCAAAGGAUUGCAGGCAGAUGCCCAGCAACAGGCACAAGAAAGUAAAUCCUAUCUAGUGAGAGUUAUUGGUGAAGGAUCUAUUGGAGAAAUUGUGUGUCUAGAGGAGGCUGUAACAUUUGGAGACAUUGUAGUGGGAAGCUCUGCAUCUCAAGAGCUAAUGAUCCAUAAUAACAGUGACUGCAGUCUGCACUAUAACCUACUGAUAGACCAGGAGGUGUUAGGACCCUAUGAUGAUGAACAGACCGCAAGAGAUAUUUUGGCACUGGAAAUAAGUGAUCAAAAUGGGAUUAUUUCAGCAAGAACUUCCCAGAAAAUAACAGCAACUGCUUAUCCUUCACGCCGUGUUUCCUACAAGUUCAAACUCUCUUAUGAACUUCUCUCAACUUGUGAAGGUAGAAAACCUCUUAUGACCUGCCCCAAAAGACAACUUGCUGAACUGCAGUGUCAGGGAGUGUAUCCUACUCUCUGUGUGACUGACGUGCGUUGUUUGGGGAGUGGCAAAGCGUACAGCAAAGUGCAGAUAUGGGAUCUCUUAUCACUUGACAGUCUCAAUGAAUGUUUGGAAGCAGAUCCGUCUCCAUCAGAACUCCUUUAUGCUGCAGUCACAAGGCACAGUACCAGGCGCAGAGUCCCUGUCAAUACACGAGCGAUAAUGGACUUCAACUUUGGAGCUGCACCUUUGUAUGGGGAUCCAUGUGUGGUACAUCUAAACAUACAAAAUACAGGCACAGUUCCUGCUGAAUGGGCAUUCUUGUAUCCAAGUGAUCUUCAGCUUGAGUUAGAAUAUUGGGCAGAAACAGGAGAGUAUGAUGAAGAUGAACUACACCAGAUGCAGGUCAUGGAUAAUAAACUGUUCAGCAUUGAACCAAGAACAGGAAAGCUGUUGGCUGGAGAAUGUCGCACUGUUACUCUUACAUACAGCCACUCAUUCAUUGGCAUCAACAAGCUUCCUGUCUUGUUUAAAGUGAGGAGAGGAAGAGAAAUCCUGCUGAACUUCAUUGGUGUGACUGUGGACCCCGACAGCUACUACGUUCACUUUGCCAGUACAAGGCACCUUUUUGAGCCAGUCCCUGUUGGAGGGACAUCACCACCAGUACAAGUAUAUGAACUGUACAAUGGAGGAUCCAGAGUUGUAAAGUAUGAGCUUGAUAUGGAGCCUCUUGUACAAGUUCAGGCUCAAAACUAUGGCUGCCACAUAUUUGAGUGUCUGAAUCCUUCAGGGGAGAUUCCCCCAGGGUGUGCUGCUCUGAUUUACUGGCAGUUUGCUCCAUUAGAGGCCAGGACAUACAUGGUCGACAUACCAGUGCAUAUUAUUGGUGGCGAGACAGUUUUGGUAACAUUCACCGGAGUGGGAUAUGACCAACGUAUCAUGGGAAACACUCUUCCUAUAAGGGAUGUUGCCAAUAACACAGUCCCUGACAAGCAGGUUGUCCAGGUGCCUAACCAGCUGGCCUAUUUGUCAGUAGAGUGCAUUCCAUUUGGUGAUGUUCCUCUUUACACCAUGUCUCGUCGCAUGUUUUUUCUAACAAACACAUCACAGGACCAUAUCAUAUCCUUCAGAUGGGUAUUGGAGGGAUCAGCUUUAGAACAGGUGAUAAUGAUUGAACCUGAUCAUGGCUUCCUCAAACCACAGCAGAAUGUCUUGCUAAAGGUCUCUUUAUUCUCCUGGGGAGCACCGUCGCUUUAUGAUAUGGACAUAAUAUGCGAGAUUGUCGAUGAAACUGAGAUGGCAGAGUACAAUCAGCUCCUGAUUGACUGGACAAACAUGAAGGAGGAGAAACAGUAUACUUUCACAAUAACUGAGGAUGACAUGAAGAGACCUCAUUCUGGACCACACCUUAAAUCCAUUAGCCACCCUCACCCCUCUGUGUCCCAUUCUGAGGGUGAUUUGAGAAAAUAUCAGGCUUUGCCACCAAUUGGCUCACCCAAAGAAACAAAAAGAAAAAAAAAUAGAAGCUCUGGUCGCCUAGAAACACCCCCCCAACCUGUACCUCCAGAAUCUUUUCUGCUCCAUUUGGGAAUCACUGCAAGGACUCAUGCAAUUGGAGAGUAUUACAGCAACUUCCCAUCAGCAAUUAACAAAUUUAUGAUAGACCAACGUUAUGUAUUAUCACAAGGGACUGGUGACCAAGAGAGAGAAGAGCUGUCUGCUUUAGUUUCCUGCUCCAGACAUGAGAUGAGGAUUAUCCAGGAUGUACUUUCUGUUAUAUUCAGGGGUCUCCUUGAUGAUGACAAUUUCCAUCAGAGGAUGAGUGAGAUUAACCAGGAGCCUGUGCCCUACUUUAGACAGCUUUGUGAAACCCAAUACACCACCAGCUCCAGGCCCUCCUCUGCUAGUAGUCAAAGUUCUGACCAAUCUCAUGUGGGUGGUGGGUUUGAAGAUGUGGAACAAAUCCCUCUUAACAAACAGGCUUUUGUAGAUCAAAAUGUAGAGGAGGGAGUAAUGAGUAGAACUCAUCAGAUCAUACAACGCACUUCAGAGUCACCACUAUCCAUUGCUGAUAGAUUGAUGGAUGCUGAGGGAGAUCAUGAAAAUAGCACUGUUCAGAGACAGGCAGUGCGAAGGUUGCCAGAGUUUGAGUCACUGGUGGAAUCUGUUCUUGAAAAUUCCAUUUUGAACUUACUAACAGAAGCAAACUGUGGAGAAGUUAACUUGACACUGCGAAGCAGAAUGAUAGCUCUACCACCAAACAGGACAAACAAAUCUACAAGAUAACAGCUAGGAGACACUGUUAUUGCACAGGAAGACUGUAAAAUAAGUAAUUUAUAUCCGGCAGAUGCAAACAUGUCCUCGAGUGUCUAUAGACAAGUUUGAUGUACAAUUUAAACAAGGCUGUAUUUAUAAUUUGGUCUUCAGAGUGUUUUACUUUUUUUUUUUUAUAAAUAACAAGUGUACAUAUGGCACUCCCAAGUCUGAAUGCAAGGAUUAUUUCCUCUCCCUUAUAUCUUUUUGAAUAAAUGUAAAAUAAGUGUUGUA